AUGCCCACUUUGAUGAGUGACCAACGCUUCCACCACGCGUUCCACCCCUACCAGAGCACCCCACAAACCUCUCGCAGCUCACUCCCAUGCUUCGUCCAUUCAUCUCCCAUCACCAACUCACUGAUCUCCUCACACUCAAAGACGGUCAGACCAGAUGCUUUACUGCUAGCUCGUUGCGUGGAGGGAAAGCAGUAUGGUAAUUUCUCACACCACACCGCGUCCCCGGCCGCAUCAUCCCUGAUUCCGACAUGCAACGGAUUAACAGCCUCUGGCUCUUCUAUGCCUCCACUCCUUACCAAAGGCUUCUCCCGUGCGAUGCCGAACGGUCCCAGUCCCGUUCAAGCUUUCUUAGCUACGCAAGGUCGUACAAAGACAAGUGAAAGCUCACGCAGCCCAAACACAACUACUUCCAGCCCUCUCAGUCCCGCUUCUAACAGCACUCAGUAUCAUCGGGAUUUCGUCAGAUAUCUCAAAGCAUGGCGCCCUCCAGUGGAAUACUACGCGCGUCGUCGAUAUCAGCACCCGUCGCUCUCUUAUCCCUCCCGCAGCCCAUCUCUCCCCAGUCUGCUGGAAGAACGGAUCACCAAUGACGGGAACAUGGACACAGUGUGUCCUGAGCAAGCCAUGUCUACAUCGCCGCGUGCAUAUCGUCGAAGGAUAUUCCCAGCACACCUCUCUUAUACCAACCCAGUCAGCCAACAUAGGUCAACACAAGGCUGGGAUGACGAUUCGGAAGAAGAUCUUGAUAGCGAUGACGACGAUGAGGAUAUCGAAUCAGAUGGUGAAUCAGACUCAGAGGCCGUGACCCCAACCUCCUCCCCCGGGUCGAGUCCAACCUACUUUCUUCAGCCGCUUGUUUUAACCAAACUUCCCGGUUAUUAA